GAGAAAGGCAGAGUAAUAACACGGGAGAGGACCUAAUCCAACCACUUCACCCUGUACGACUGAUACCUACUUUGUCAGUCUGCGAAAAGCGCAUCUGACGUUAACACUGACUUGGUUGCAGAACUAACGUUACUGGCGGAACACAAUGACACUGAAUGUGACAAUGCGGCGCACCAGCACGGCCGUGCAGAAUCAGCAGCGCUGGAGUAUUCCUGCUGACGUAAGGAACAUUCACGUACAGAAGAACCCCAACGUGCACCUGAAUCGUAACCACACCAUAAACCACUCCAUAAGGCCUGAGGACUACUACAGACGCAGCUGGUCUUCAGACUCUUCCGAUUCCGUCAUCUCCUCGGAAUCAGGGAAUAGCUACUACCGUGUGGUGCUCAUCGGAGAGCAUGGGGUGGGCAAGUCUACACUGGCCAGUAUAUUUGCUGGUGUGCCAGAUACUUUGGACAGUGACAUGUUGGGAGAGAACACCUAUGAAAGAACUCUGACGGUGGAUGAAGAAAGUGCAACAUUGAUACUUAUUGACAUGUGGGAAAAUAAGAGUCAGGAUAACUGGAUCCAUGAUCACUGCAUGCAAGUCGGAGACGCCUAUUUAAUUGUAUAUUCCAUCACAGACAGAGCAAGCUUUGAAAAGGCCUCCGAGCUCCGAAUACAGUUGCGUCGGGCGCGGCAGACGGAAGAUAUUCCGAUUAUACUUGUGGGCAACAAGAGUGACCUAGUCCGAUGCAGAGAGGUCACUAUAUCAGAGGGCAGAGCAUGCGCAGUGGUGUUUGACUGCAAAUUCAUCGAAACGUCGGCAGCAGUCCAGCACAAUGUGAAGGAACUGUUUGAGGGGAUUGUGCGUCAGGUCCGUUUAAGGAGGGACAGCAAGGAGAAGAACGAAAAAAGAAUGGCCUUUCAGAAAAGAAGGGAAAGCAUCCCAAAGAAGGCCAGAAGAUUCUGGGGAAAGGUUGUCGCCAAGAAAAACAAAAAUAUGGCAUUUAAGCUGAAAUCAAAGUCUUGCCACGACCUUUCGGUACUAUAGACAUGUCGGACUUGCAAACAUUGGCGACAUAUGUUGGCUAUUAUGGGAACAAUAAGCAAUCUAUAUUAGAUUGAAUGAUGCCACAAUUUACUUGUGGUUUUUUUUUAGCAGCCAUGAUGGUAUUUUCCAAAAGUUCAUUAGAUGGACAUGGACUGGUUAAUUUCUAAUAUUUAUAUGCAAAAAAAGGGGUGCCUGAUUGAUUCUGCUUGUUUUUAAUGGGUGGGGAUUCAAUUUUUACAACUAUGGUUUAAUUUCUUGAGAAAUGGACUCAGCACUGAUCACCGCCUCAAAUACUUUCCAUAAAUGCUUCAAAUGAUGCCAAAGCUAUUAGCUUCUAUUCAAUUAUACACAAUACUUUUAUUAGAUUGUGGGGGAUAUGUAUUAAACCUUCUAAACUGUGGAGAAGUGGACCAGUUUAUAGAAUGUGCUCAAUAAUUGCUAUCAAGAAGACAAUUGAAUGCUAUGGGCAACUUCUCCACUCUUUAGAAGAUUUUGGGGUCUAUUUACUAAGCGUUGAAGAGAGAUAAAGUGGACGGAGGUAAAGUACCAGCCAAUCAGCUCCAAACUGCCAUGUUACAGGCUGUGUUUGAAAAAUGACAGGAGCUGGUUGGUUGGUAGUUUAUCUCAUCCACUUUGUCGCUCUCAAUGGCUUUGUAAAUAGAUCCCUUAAUACAUUCCUCCAUGUGUUCCUAACGUAGAGCAAUUUUCCAAUGAUCAUAAUAUUUUCAGAUCAUUUUUUUUAUUUCUGUUGCUUUUUCGUUUGUAUUAAAGGUCCAAGGUCAUUGCUACAUGUAACUCCUCACAUUAGUAAGCCAAACUCAGCUAUGUUUUGCAAUGUGUUAACCAGCACUAUAGUGUACGUAAUAUUGAAUAUCAUUAUAUUUAUUAUUACCAUGCACACCUAUUGGUUGCAGCUUAUUCAUACAGCUAUUAAGUUUAAAUAUGCAUUUUGGUAGUAAACUAGAUCCAUACUCUUUGUGCAUAGCACUGUCUGCAUCCCAGGUCAGUCAUUAAUUUUAUCAUUUUAAUCUGGUAUUAUCAUAUUGAAAUUGGAUAUUGGAUUUUAUUAUAUGUUUUCCUUUAUGAGGCUUCAGAGAUGAUGGAUAAUACAUCGUUACGUUUCAGUGCCUUAUAAUAAAUAUGGUGUAUUUUAUAGGCUUGAAUGCCAAAAAAGUGGAUUUAAAAAAAGAGUUCUUUUGCACUGGAUAGGUCACGCUGCAUAGUUGUUCUCUGUCCCUAAAUUCCAAUCAAAGUCCCCACCUGGGAUAUUUUAUAGUUUCUGGAGAUGUUCCUAUUUUUCUUUUAUAGAUACCACAGCUGCACAGUAUAAAUACUGAUUGCCGUGCAGAUCACAUUUUACCUUACCUGUUCUUGUCUAUUAAGACUUUCUAAGUUAAUAUUUAUUGAACAGCAGGGGCAAACUCAGGAUUUCUAGAGGGGAGUUUCCAGAUGCUAAAUUUUAAAGUGCGGUCAGCCCAUGGAGGGGCAGUUUGAUCUGAUGCACUAAUGGAGUGCCCACACACAACAGAUUUGGUAGAAGUGGUGUACUACGAUAUACUGGCACUCGGGAUCCCGGCACCCAGCAUUCUGGCUCUAAGAUCCCGACCGCCGGAAUGCCGGCAACAGGGUGAGCGUAAAAGUCUUGCUGCGCUCGACACACUGCGGGCACAGUGGCACGCUAUAUACGGGCACGGUGGCGCUCUACGUGCGCCAUGCUAUUUAAUCUCCCUCCAGGAGUGUCGCGGACACCCCAAGAGGGAGAAUAGUUGUCAGCAUCCCACCGGUCGGGAUCUUGGCGCCGUUAUGCGGAGCACCAGGAUCCCGACAGCCGGGAUAUCGAGUGCCUCUCAGUAGGAGAAGCUACUGCCUAUGGGUGUGUUCAGUAGCUCAGUUCCAUCACUUUUACUAUAUAUUGUGGCCUCAAAUCUAGUAAAAUUGUAUUAUACAAUAAAGCUAUUGAGGCCAUGAUUUGAGCCGCUAGCUUGGAGGGGCUUUCUGGGCAACUGGAAACCUCCCCUGCGUUUGCCUAUGAACAGGAUAAUUUCAGAUGUCAAUAGCCGUACAUACAGUAUGUCAAUAUGGGGCUUGUAGUUAACCAAUUGGGUCCCAUUUAGUACUGCAUGUUAAACUUAACCUGUGCAAAGCAAUGUGUCACUGGAAAUUAUUUUAAAAUGUUGGAAACUGAUGUUUGGAAGAUUUAACAAACAUCAGUUCAGAAAGGUGCUGUGACCCAUAGCAACGAAUCAUAUGCUUGCUUUAGUUUUCAAAACAGUACUAGGAUAAUGGUAGAAUCUGAUUGGUUGCUAUGGGUAACAAGGGGCACCGAGAUGGGGGGUUGAUGGUCCGGGGCUUGUAAGUGCAGUAUUAUCCCCAAUAUGGUAUAGCCAUUCUCCCUUUGGUGACUUAGCUAUGCCUCUACUUUCCUAACCAUGCCCCCAAAGUACUUGACCUGGGCGACCUAAGGGUUACAUCAGCUUUUUGGCACAGGUGUGUGUGCAGCAGUUUUCAUAUAUGUCUUCCAUUAUCUUCCUUUAGUUCUCUUUUUAGAAACUAUGCAACAAAUGCGAUAAUUCUCCCACAGGGCAAGUAGCACAGUAGGCCACCUAGCUGUCCAUUCAUUUAAACAGGUCGUAUCAUAUAGGAAUUACAUGAAUGCCCUUUGGUUACUCGUGAACACUCACGCGCUGUAGUCAUGGUCAUGUGUUAUAAAGUACACCAAACUCAUUACUGCAUCGCUUCCAUAAGAAUUCUGUAAUGGUUAGAACUUUAGGAUGUACAGAAAAAUGACUAUUUAUUAGUUUGGUUCCUAUUAAUAUUUUGUCAAUGUAUUUUUUUUAGAAAGUUCUUUUUUACAUUGUACGUUACAUCAUAAAAAUAAAAUAAGUAAAUAUACAUUU